UAGUCUGCUGCUGCCCACGACAAACUGGCAAAGUAGCUUAAUUGCGGAGCGCUUUCGACGACGCUCACUUCUAGGCUCGACGCGCAUUCAUCGAGCAAACAGUUGCCGCACUUUGCUGCAUGUUAACGGUUCAUUAGAGUGAAGAAGGCUACCAAAUUUAAUAUGGCUUAUAAAUAUCAUUGGCUUGCCGCGCUCAUCCUAGUGCAUAUAUCCUUGCAUUUCGGCAGCGCCUCAGUUGUACCAGCCACCACAGCAACACCGUCUGCUUUGCGCCAGGAUAACAUUAUUGGCUGGAUCACUGCAAUAUUCCGUCCAAACACCACCGCAUCGCCAGCAACGUCCAGCACUACAACAACACCGAUGCGUGCUUGUCCGGCUUGCAAUUGUGGCAACAUCAACACCUUCCAUCGCAUUGUCGGUGGCAUGGACACCGAGGUGAAUGAGUAUCCUUGGAUGGCGAUGCUGAUGCGUCGCGGCGAUUUCUAUUGUGGCGGCGCGCUGAUUAAUGAUCAAUAUGUGCUAACGGCAGCGCAUUGUGUGCGUGGUUUCAAUAAACGUCAGAUCUCGGUGCGUCUACUCUCCCACAAUCGCACGGACGGCCGUGUGAGCACGAUUGAUCGCAAGCUCGAUAAGAUUAUAGUGCAUGAUGGUUACAGUACACGCAAUUUGGAUAAUGAUAUUGCUUUAUUACGUUUCACGGAACCGGUGGAGUUAAGUGAGCCGUUGCGUCCUGUUUGUCUCGCGGAGGCUGACAAGACCUACGAAGAUGAGUUGGCUGUAGUUACCGGUUGGGGCGCGGUUAAGGAGGGCGGUUUCAUAGCUGAUCGCUUGCAGGAAGUACAAGUGCCCGUCAUGUCGCAGGAGACCUGUCGCAAGAGUAAAUAUGGUUCUAGCCGCAUUACAGAUAAUAUGUUGUGCGCUGGUUAUGCUGAAGGUGGAAAGGACUCAUGUCAGGGUGACAGCGGUGGUCCGCUGCAUGUCGCCAAUAAUGCUACGAAGUCUUAUCAGCUCGCUGGUGUCGUGUCUUGGGGUGAGGGUUGUGCGCGUCCCAAUGCGCCAGGUGUUUACACGCGUGUCUCUCAGUAUUUGGAUUGGAUUGACGAGCGCACCGGCGAUUCUUGCAAAUGUCAGGCGGGUACUGGCGCUCCAGCCGGUGAUGCUAGUAGUACAACACAAGCUGCAGAAAUGGAAAACAGUGAGUCAAGUACUCAGAGUGCUGCAGAUCCUACGUCAAGCACUGCAGCUAGUGAGACUAGUAAUGAUCCUGAGACGUCGGGUUUGUAAGUUAAGGUUUUGUGUAGAGAGUAAACAUUUUUUUAUUUAAGGAACCGAAUAAGAGUGAGAAAGAGAGUAAAAUGAAGGAGCAAUUUUCGUACGGUUUAAUGCGGAGAGAUUAAUAUAUGGGCAUGAGAUCAUUAAUAUUUUAGAAUGGGAGUGACUUGAGAGUUAACUAGAAGAGGAAGAGAGGAAUACGGUGUAUAGAUUAAAAACGUGAGAAAUAUGAUCUAUAUUGAAUAAAUAAGAAAUUCUAAUCGGCAUUAGUUCGGAUGUUAGUACCAAUCUCUAUCCAUAGAGACUUGUUUCGCGAGAGAGAGAGAGAGAGAAGUUUUAACAUUAGUAUUUAUAAAAACUCCAUAUUAAUCUAAGCAUAUAUAAUAUUUAUUUAUUUGAUUAUUUAUAUUUUUAUUCGUUAAAUAUUAAAAAUUUGUUAUAAAAAUGUGUUUUAUAUAAAA